AUGGCGCCAUCUACUAUUGUGCCCAAGAGUGAUACUGACGAAUCAAGUACCUAUAAAUCCAUGGAGCUCAGGAAGAAGAAAAGAAUGAAAAGGUUAGCAUAUAUCGUUGCAUUUGCUAUAUUUCAAACAAUAAUCUUCCUUCUUCUUUUUUUUUUGUUUUUGGCUGCCCUGGUGGUGAUGCGUGUAAAAUCACCUAAAGUAAGAUUGGAGGAUAUCAAUGUCAUCAACAAGAAGAAUAGGAGCAUUAGGCACACGGCACAAGUCAGGAUAAAGAACAAUAAUUUUGCGCGUUACAAAUUUGAUAGCAACAUAAGUACUUUGACCUCAGGAGGUGUAUUGGUGCAAGAAUUUGUGAUCCCUAAUGGACGGGCAAGAUUGAAAUCCACCAAGACAUUCUAUGUUAUUGUGGAUGUUACUAAUCCUUCAAACUCCGACACUGAAGGUUUUCAUCCUGGGUUGCUGCAACUGACUGCUAAGGUUGAGUUGACUGGAAAAGUCAAAUUCACUAUGGUUUUGAAGAAGAAGAAAUCUGCAGAAAUAAACUGCACCAUCUCCAUUAAUUUGUCAACAAAUUUUGUCCAGGACCUCAUAUGCCAGUGA